UUCUGCUGCUGAUUUUCCCUCAGAGCUGCACAGAGCUGCAGGAGAGUCACAUCAGGAGCUUGGAGUGUGAACACGGAGAUGUUUACAUGCAGGGAGCAUUAAUCAAACACACAGCCACGGAGAGAACAAUGUGCUGAGACACACUGAGAGUGAGACAGAGAGAGCGAGACACACAGAGAGAGACGGUUUUAUCAGAUGAAGUGGGACAGUUCCUCAGAGGAAGAGCAAACACUUUACUGCACCUGAACAACGCCCCCUGCUGGAGUGGAAAACACUGUGUGUGAGUCUGUGAGUGUGUGUCAGUGUGUGUGAGUGUGUGUGAGUGUGUAUGUGUGCAUGAGCAUCUGGGUGUGGCUCGAGCCUUGCAGGUCAUGAGCAACAUAAAGAGCCAUUUCGGACAGGAUGUGGAGAAACAGGGCAUCAAACUGCCGAAGAUAUGGAAGGACACCAACAGUAAGAUCCCUACAGACCGGACCAUGGUGGUGGAAGGGGGCGUUUCUGUAGGAGGAGGGGGCGUGGCUGUGAGCGGGGACUCUUCAGAGAUUCCUCGCAAGCGUAGACAGCGUUAUGUCGAAAAAGAUGGGAAGUGCAACGUGCAUCACGGCAACGUGCGUGAGACAUACCGCUACCUUACGGACAUUUUCACCACGCUCGUGGACCUGAAGUGGCGCUUUAACCUGCUGGUGUUCACGCUGGUCUACACGACCACGUGGAUCUUCUUCGGGUUGAUCUGGUGGCUCAUCGCGUACAUCCGUGGUGACCUUGAGCACACAGAUGACAGCGAGUGGACGCCGUGCGUGGCCAACCUCAACGGCUUCGUCUCGGCUUUCCUGUUCUCCAUCGAGACGGAGACGACCAUCGGCUACGGCUACCGCGUCAUCACGGAGAAGUGUCCCGAGGGCAUCGUGCUGCUGCUGGUGCAGGCCAUCCUGGGCUCCAUCGUGAACGCUUUUAUGGUGGGCUGCAUGUUUGUGAAGAUCUCGCAGCCCAAGAAACGCGCCGAGACACUCAUGUUCUCGCAGAACGCCGUCAUUUCAAUGCGCGAUAACAAACUGUGCUUGAUGUUCCGUGUAGGAGAUUUACGCAACUCGCACAUCGUGGAAGCAUCGAUCCGAGCCAAGCUGAUCCGCUCCAAACAGACAAAGGAAGGAGAGUUUAUUCCGCUGAAUCAGACCGAUAUCAAUGUGGGGUUCGACACCGGUGACGAUCGGCUCUUCCUCGUGUCUCCGCUCAUCAUCUGCCACGAGUUUAACGAGAGCAGCCCGUUCUGGGACAUCUCGCAGGAGCAGCUUGCGCGGGAAGAGUUUGAGAUUGUGGUCAUUCUCGAGGGAAUGGUGGAGGCCACAGGGAUGACGUGUCAGGCACGCAGCUCGUACCUGGACUCUGAGGUACAUUGGGGAGAACGCUUCACCCCUGUGCUCUCUCUGGAGGAGGGAUUCUAUGAAGUGGACUACGACAGCUUCCACCAGACGUAUCCUACUCCCACUCCCACGUGUUCGGCACGUGAACUCGCAGAACUCGCCAAAAAAGGGGAAGACAUCCCUCUCCCACCGCUCACCCCACCAAUCCUGAACCAGAACCAGAACCCGGACGGAGAAAGAGGAGAAGGAGAGUGGGAUGAAGAAGGAGAAGUGGAGAGCGUCAGCAAUGGCGAUGUGAAAAAAAUGGACACUGAACAUUAAAAAAAAAUGAGAAUGACGAACACGAACCCUUCCUGUAGUGCGCACUACUUAGGGAUGUUUUGUCCCAUUACACCACAACAUCUGUUUAGGUUUUAUAGCAAUUCUGUACCAUUUAUUUUUUUUAAAACUCGGUUUAUCUUCUCGUCAUCUCAGUGAUGAGCACAGCUGCGUCCCAAACGCUGAUGUUUAAUAGAAAUAAACGUAUAGAAACGGCAUGACUUUCUAGAACUCUAUGUAGCCUAUUAAUAAAGGACACCACAUUAGGAACACAGCCUAGCAAACAAAGACACUGAAUAUCAGAUCACAUAUCUGUAACAUAAAUACGGUGUUAAUCACCAUGUAUGAAAUUGUCCUUAGCAAGCCCAUAAUUCUGGAAAUCAUUUUAUAACCUCGUUUCACUUUUGGUAGACCUUUCAGCCGCCUCAUCUCUCCUGAACUGAACAGAAGGGUUCAAGUGAGCUGAUGCAGAUUAAUUCAGAUAUUUACACAAACGCUGUGUCAUCAAACUUAGGAGUGUGUUACACUUUUCGAGACAAUCCACAGAGCGACUGUUCACUCAUUAUUUCAGAAUAUUAGAUGAUAGAUAUGGAAUAAAUAAAGUUCCUCCAGCAUGGGCUCCAUUUCUUCAGCUCUUAUUUGAUUUAUUAGUUUAAUGUUGUGUCCGGAAUUAUAUUGUGAUUUUUAAGCACAUUUCUGAUUUUAAGCUUGAACAUUCCUGAGGUAAUCAAAAAUAAAUUCACACCUUUAAGUGUAUUUAAUAUUCUCACACACGCGCAGUUAACGGGUUUAUUUUGUAAGUACAUGUCGCCCCCUUGUGGUCAUUAUUAUACAAAUAGCAACCAUCGGGGUCCAAGCACUGAACCAUAGACAGAAAUUAUAUUUAUAGAAUAUGUGCUGUACACACAACAGAAAAAGAUAGGAAACACCUUG